AUGACCGGAAACGAGCAUUCCGGAACAACCAAGACUCCGGCCACGCGCCUGAGGCCAGAAGGAAGCAGCGCGGACUUUUGCCCUGCGGAUGAACGACGGACGGAUCGAUCGCAGGAUCAGCUUGUCUUCAUAUUUACGCUGCGCCCUCUCUCCCCCGGCUUUCGACAAAGGAAUUGGCGCCUGUCCUCCGGUUAUAUCUGUCGCUGCUACUCUUCGAUAAUCCUCGCAGCGGCUCUUUCGAUUAAAAUCCAGCGCGCUUCUCACGCGAACGUCUGUUGUUGUCCCGUUGUCGCAUCCUCUCUGGUUUCCAAUAGGCAGUUCUCCGAUAGCUUCAUAUCGCGACCCAGCUCUCAGCCCGUCACCGGAAAACAUCCCUCGAGCCCAGCAGGCGAACAAACUCUCCGGAACAGGACGACCUAUCGAUUUAACGCCAACAUACUCCGAUCAUCUGAGAAAGGGAAUUCGGAACGAUAUUCCAGAAGAACAGGAAGAACGGCUUUCGAGAAACGGAGCAUUUUCGACUCCAACUUCUUUUUGGCGCGUUUAAUAGUGAGGUCUCGCGCUUCUUUUGCGGAAGGUGCCCUUGACCAGUAA